UAUAACACGAGGAAUUCAAUCUCUAUCACUUCUGAGGACAGAUGUCAAUGACGGUAAUGUCGCGGCUGGAGAGGCUUGAUCUGAUGCUGCUGUGCUUGGAGGAGAUAAAAGUGGGCGGCGGCGGGGGUGGAAGCGGGCGGCUGAGCUCCGGCUUGUCGGCGGCGGGAUCGAGCGGCGGCGUGGAGGAGUUGAUGACGGCGACUGACGGCGGCAGCUUAUCUGAGAGCUCUGUUUGGGAGAAGAAGAGAGGGUGGAGGAACAUGGAGGAGGCCAUUGUAGAGAUGCAGGUUAAAGGAAGUCUGAUUCAUCGCAUUGCCAUCAUUGAGUCUCGCCUCCUUCAGCUGGAGGAAAACAUGAAGCUGGAGAGGAAGAGGGAGAUGCAGAAUAUGAAUGGCCCAACUAAAAGCAGGGAGAAGAAAAAGCAUGGGGGCUUCAAAAGCAUACUCAAGUUUUGGCUUAAAAGGAAAUCUCUCAAGACCAAAGACUGAUUCCAAAUAACUCUUCACUAGAGGAGAGAGAGAGUGUGUGUGCCGUUUUAUUCCCAUAAUUUAUAAAAAUGUCAAAAUAACCCUCAAACUAUUUAAAUUGAGGUCGAAGUAAUCUCCAUGGAGAACUGUUAGAACUCAAUUUUAAAAUAUUAAUGUAUUAUUUUAGCACUAUUAUAAAUUCUGGGAUUAAAACGGCUCCACGAAA